UUCUCCCCCCCCCCCCUUUUCUCAACCCCCACUCGCCCAAUAGAGAAUGUAUCCCGCCGACUAUUCGGACGAGCACGAGAAUGAUGACCUGAGCCUUGCAUCCAACUCCAACGUCGAUCUCCUCUCUCACUAUCGUGGGAUCGAUGAGACCGAUGUGCACCUGGAGGACUUGCAGCCCGUACACUCGGAGGACGUGCUCGCUGAGCACCCUGUUGCCGGCGACUCUGAAGAUGGUGUCUCCAGCCGCCACACCGGCAAGGGGACCUCUCUCGGCUCCAGCGGGCCCUUCUCGCACCCGCUGUCCACCGUGUCGGCACACCAUGCCGGCGGGGCGCACGGCCUGCUUCGUCCGCACUCCUCGGCCGGGCACCAGCAGCCCGGCGGGCACCUGUAUGGCGGGGCGUCGGCCGGGCGCCUGGCCACCGGGGCCGGCGGCGGCGGCGCCACCUCCCACCACUUGCCCUACAUGCAAAUGUCCUCGCACCCGCAUCAUCACCCGCACCAUCACCCGCACCAUCAUCCACUGCUGGUGCAGUACCCCGGGCCGAUGGGGUCCUCGGGUGCCGGGGGUCCUCAGGCACACGGCUACUCGGCCUUCAUGGGGCAUGAGGUCGGGUCCUCGGCCGGUGCCUCGGCCUCGUCCUCCUCUUCGGCCAUCGUGCCGGCGGUUUAUGACGGUGGAUCGUCCCCCCCUCCUCCGGGGGAUGCCGGCAUCGAUGGCGAUGCCGACCUCCCGUCCGCCGGGGAUGAGGAUGAGGGCGGAUCGCCCGAGAUGUCGACCGGCAUCGACGCCGGUGCCGGCGGCGAUCUCGCCGGUCCCCCGUCUCCGGUUCCCAGCCGGCGCUAUUCCCUCGGCGGGCAUGAUGGCAUCUCCGGGACCGGCCUAUCGCACAGCCCCUACCACCAUGGUGGCCACCAUGCCAGCAGCAAGUCCGGCAUCGUCGGGCACUUGGUUCCGUUGUCCCCUGCCGGGGCGGCCGGCUACCUCUCGGGCAGUGGGGCCACCGGGUCCGGGGCCCACCACACGGCGGCCCUUUCGCAUGGUGCCUACCAUGGCAGCCAUCAUGGCCAUGGGUCUUACCAUGGGCAUCAUGGGCUCUCGCACUCCGGGGCCCUGGCGCAUCCGGUCCUCCUGUCCACUCACGGGUAUCUCACCUCGCCCGGGCAUGAUCUGUAUGGCGGGAGCACCGGCGGCACGUCUGGCCCCCACAUGGGAGCAUACAUGGCAGCGGCGGCGGCGGCAGCGGCGGUCCAUGCCCCGCUUCAUGCGCACCACCAUUCGGCGGCGGCGGCGGCGGCGGCGGCGGCAGCAGCGGCGGCAGCCACCGGCGCGCAUCACCCCUACUCCUCGCAGCCUGGCAGCAUGGCCAUCGGUGCCCCGGGUCACCAUCAUCCCCAUCAUCAUCCCCAUCAUCAUCCCUUUUCGCCGCAAUCCGGCCCCUCGGCCGGGCACCACCACCCCUUCCCCUCGUCGGGGCCCAUCCCGGCCGGGGCCCAUCAUCCCCAUCACCCGCAUCAUGCGUACUCGCAGCAGCCACCCUCCUCGACCCCCGGCCAGCAGCAUGCCCAGCACCAGCAGCAUGCCCAUGGCAAUGCGCCGCACAUCUUCCUGCCCUCGGGCGGUGCUCCAGGUUCGCCCGCCGCCAGCUAUUCGCUCUCCUCCUUGGGGGGGGCGCCCUCGGGGGAGGCCUUUUCCUUCACGGAGGGGCUCCCCGGCGGUGGCGGCAGUGGUGGUGGUGGUGGCGGUGGCGGCGAUGGUGACAGCUUCAGCGGCAGCCACAGCGGUUCUCUUUUCCCCUUCAGUAGCGACCAACUUCCCCGGCCUAACGCCUCGACCGACAAUUUGGACUCCCUGCUUCUUCCCCCUCCGUCACUGGAUGAUGCUGCCUCGCCGGCAGACGAAGACGACCUUGACCGCCAGGCGGGUCACUCGGCAACGGGCCCGGAUGAUCUCGACGCCAUGGACAGCCGCUCGGACCACUCGCAGGGCAACUCGCGCCAGGCCAGCCCCGGGCUGCUGAUGGAGGAUACUCCCUCGCCGGCGGCGGGCGUGGCUGUCCCCCUGGCCGUGACGGCCACCCCGGCGGCCAAGGCCUCGGGCGGCCGCCCGGCCGCGGUGGCGCGGGCCCCGGUUUCCACACGCGGAGCCGCCGGGGCUCCAGCCCUUUCGGCGGGGGUUGCCCCGGUGGCCGAGCGCCCCCGGCGUCCGCACCAUUCCUCGGCUGCCGGGCAGGAUGCCCCGGCCGCCACGUCGAGCGAUCAAUUCGACCAGCCCGGGGCCGUGGGGGCCGGUGGCCCGGGCGGCCCGAGCGGCCCGGCCGUCGGCUACUCUUCCACCAAGAAGGUCCGGAGUUCGGAAGUGGCCGCGGCGGCGGCCAGCGCGGCGGCCGCGUCCUUGACACAGUCGGCCGCGGCCAUCCAGGCGGCCGCCUCGCUUCCUCCCAAGGAGGAGCCGGAUGAUGGCUCCUCCAACCCCUCCUCGCCGGGUGGCGGCGCCGGCGGAAGCGGCGGCAGCGCGGCCAUGCGUGCCGGCCGCGGGGGCACCAUGCGCCCGUCCAGCGGCUUCCGCCACCCUUCGGCGGGAAUGGCCCGCGGGGCGCGCUCUCGUGGGCGCGGGCAAAUGUCCAUGUCUCCGGCUCCCCCGGGUGUCGGGUCGGCGGAUGCCGGUUUCCCGGCGCCGGUCGGCGGGGUAUUUGCCUCGCCCAACAUGCCGCCAUCGGCGGCGGCGGCGGCGGCGGCAGCAGCGGCCGCGGCCGCGGCCACCGGCGGCGGCAUGGUGUAUGGCGGCUCAGUUGCCGGUGGCGGGCAUUUCCCCCCGGGUGCUGAGCACCACCCCUCGGAGUACUACUCAUCUGCGGCGGCGGCGGCGGCGGCGGCGGCGGCGGCAGCCUCUCAGACCGGCCCCCAUUCGAGCAUGUGGAACAUGCCUGCCGGUGGCCCGGGCGGCCCGGCAGUCGGGGCGGCCGGCAAUCCGUAUGCCUCGGUUGGCGCGGCGUUUGCCGGGCUUCCACUGUCCUCGAUCUCCUUUGGCUCGGGCUUCCCUUCCAUGUUCAUGCAUGGCUCGGCUGGCGGUGCCUCGGCCGCGGCGCCCGGUGGCGGGCACUUCGCCGGGCAGCACCCAGCGUCUAUGUCCGUUUCGGCCACCGGGCCCGAUGCUGCUGGCGAGGCUGGCCAUGGCCCUUCGGCCCCCUCGUCCUCGUCCUCGUCCUCGUCCUCGUCCUCCUCCUCCGCAUCGGCUGCGGCUGCGGCUGCUGGCAAUGGGUCGGUCCCGGAUGACGACUCACCGGCGGAUUGGCCGGCCGGGGCCGACGGGCCUUCUGACGCCUCGAUGGGGGGCUUCGCCGGCAAUCGGCCCUCCUAUGUCAUGGCCGAGGGCCAGCCUCCUCCCUCGAAGACCGUCCCGCAGCCCCUCCGCUUCAAUGUCGUCAUGGACGUCAGUACUGCCACCAUCCCGGCCACCGUGGAAGACGCGCCGCUGUCCUACCUGAACAAGGGCCAGUACUAUGCGGUGAACUUCUCGGACCCGGAGCAGCGUGACACCACCUACCACACGGUCCUUCGAGUGGGCUUCCACGACCCGCUGCACCGGCUGGAGCGCCACGACAACUGGCAUUUGUGGCUGGUGCAGCAGUCCUCACGGUCGGCUCGGCCGAUGGAAAUCGACAAGGCUGCCUCGGAGAACAUUCGCCACAUCGACACCACGUCCGACUUCGAUGGGGUGUCCUUCCAGUGGCAUGGCCUCCGCCCGGCCAAGGUGGUCAUCAAGCUCAACUGCCUGAGCACGGAGUUCAGCCGGACCAAGGGCGCGCGGGGGAUCCACCUCCGCCUGCAGGCGGACACCGAGGACCGCAAAGACAACAUCUUCGAGAGCAGCCACUGCCGGGUGCAGAUCUUCCGCGACAAGGGUGCCCAGCGCAAGAACCGUGACGACCAGAAGGCCGCCGAUCGCCGGCUGGAGAUCCUCUCCCGUGAGAACCCGGCCGCGGCGGCCGCCCUGCGAGCGCAGCAGCAGCUCAUCAAGGAGAAGGUUGCCAGCGGCGGUACGGCCGCCUGUGUGCUGAAUGCCUCGGUCACUGGUGGUGGAGCCGGCGCCGGCGGCGGCAAUGGCGCCGGCGCCGGCGCCAACAACGGCGGCCGGUCCACUUCCCCGGUUCCGAAUGAGGCGACCCUGGCCCUGCUGCUGCGGGUGUCCCUGCCGACGACGCGCUUUGUGCUGGAGCGCCGCGCGCGCAUCCUCGAUGAUGGCAAUUUGCAGGAUCUCAUUGUCCUGAUGCCGGCGCGGAUGCCGAUCUCCUCGGGCCUGGAUGGCGCGGCAGCCGGCCUGGCCGGCGGCCCUGGGGCCGGGCGUGGCGGCAGCGGCGUGGCCGGCGACGCGGCCAUCGGUCCGGGUGGCUCGGCCGAUGCCCUUGCCCCGGCCGGCCACCCGCAUGCCCUCCACUCUCACCACCAUGCGCAUCACGCGCACCACCACCACCACCACCACCAUGGCGGCGGCGGCGGCGGUGCGGCUGGGCAUCCGCAUGGGCCGCAUUCGGCCGGCGCCGGCCAUGGCCACCACCUCUCUUCUUCCUCGGCUUCCUCCUCCUCGUCCUCCUCGCACUACGGCCUGGGCGGCGGCUAUCCGGGGCAGCAGCGACCCGGCGGCCUGUUGGGCUCCGGCUCCGGCGAAGGCGGCUCCCUUGCCGCCAUCACGGCCGCUGGCGGCCUUGCUGGUCAGCGCCUGCGCACGCCUUCACAUGCUGUGUCCGCCGUGGCUGCCUCCUCCCUGUCGAAGUUCCUUUCUUCCGGCCCGGGCAUGGCUUCGCCGCACUUGCCGCCCAGCUCGGCCUUCUUGUCUCCGUCGCUGGCGGAUGCCACCCUGCUAGACCAGAGCUCGCGCCGAAGCCUUGACCUCUCCGGCAUUGGGGAUCUGGCCCUGGAUGCCGACGCUCCGACCGGCGUCGGCGGCGGCCUCGGUCGCAAGAAGCGCCCGGUUCUCUGUCUUCUGCUGAAGCGUUCCGGCGACCAGGUGUACAAUGCCAUCUUCCUUGAGCGCCUGACGCUGGACGACCUCCGGCGGAAGAUCUCCGAGCGCUACGAGCUCCUGCCGCCCAUCCAGUCGAUCAACCGCAUCACCCGGAAGGGGCUCACCGUGCAGGUGGACGACCGCAUGAUCGAGAGCUUCGAGGACGAGCAGGACUUUGUCGUUGAGAUCAUCGGCCAUGCGGAUUCCGGUGCCAGUGGCACCGAGUCUGCCAGUGCUUCGGUUGGGGGCGGCGCGGUGGCGGCGGCGGCGGCGGCGCCUGCCGCGGCCGCCGGUGGUGUCCCUUCCACCCCGGCCUCGGGCGGCGUGUCGCCGGUGGCCGCCGGGCCGGCUUCGGGGCCCGCACCGGUUUCCACGGGCGCCCUCCCGACUGGGCCUCAGGUCGUCACCCCGGCUCCCUCGGUGGCAUCCUCCUCGGUCGGUGGGUCGGAGCCGUCAUCGCCCGCGCUUUCGGCCGCCGACGCCGGCACCGGCAUCGCUGAUGGAGCCUUGGCGUCCGGCCCCGCGUCUGGUGUUCCCCCGGUUCAGGACAUCAGUCAGGCCUCCUUUGUGGUGAUCAAUCUCCGAAGACCGGCCUCUGCCGUUGUCGAUUCGCACAUUGUCACCUAG